AUGACCUCCCUGCUUGGAUUGAUAUGUGAGGCUACUGCGCCAGUCAGUGAUAUGAGAACUCGAAUACCGAUCCCUUAUUGUGCGAUGGAUCCAUGGAUAUAUCUGGAAAUAGGUUACCUAGGCGGAGCAACAAUUGAAAAAAUCGAAGCAAGGAUGGAUCGUAAGGCAAGCCCGAAACUUGUUGAAAAUUUCGUCGCACUUUGUAGAGGAGAUGGGCCAAGCUUCGAGAUGGGAGUUCGGCCCAAUUUCGAUGGAUCACCAUUAUAUGCUAUAGAUUCGAAGCGUGGAAUAAUCUCUACUGGUGACUAUGUUCUCAAAAACGGAUGUGGAGGACGUUCAUCCACUUUAUCAGGAAUUGUACAUGAAACUGACAUUCGUACAGGGCCAGCUAGUGCUGGAUCCAUAGUGAUGUUGCCAAUGGAAAAUGACGCGACCGCGUACAAUUCGAUUUUUUCUAUACUAACAAAAGAUAUGCCCUAUGUUGAAGGGAAAGUUAUAGGAAAAGUCACUGAAGGUCUUGAUUCUUUAAAAUAUAUUGUAUGGAAAUACGGUACUCGUAGUGGAGUUCCUCGCGAAACGCUUAUAAUACAAGGGUGUGGACAGAUAUGA